AUGUCGUUAAGUGCACAGAUUGAUCAUUUCGUCACUAAAUUCGGAGGUGAAGGCAUAUCCUUACCGGCGAGACAUUCUGCACUAAGUGAGUUAUCUGAUAUUGUAGAGUUUGUGAGCAAUCCAGAAGAGUAUCAAGCUCUUUUAAAAGUUAUUAUUCCGCUACUUUUAGGGCAAUUACAAGAGAUUAAUGUUUCGUUUGAUGUUGGUUCACCUGAAAAUAAAUUGAGAAAUUCAAUUCUGAAAGUCUUCAAUAGGUUACCUAUUAACCAAAAUUUUGAACCAUAUGUGAAUCAAGUAUUACAAGUCAUCAUGGGGGCACUGCCGAACGAAAAUGAAGAGAAUGGUGUUUUAUGUAUGAAGAUUUUAACUACACUUUUCAAAUCUUUUAAGGCACCGUUACAGGAUGAAGUGGAAGAAUUUAUUAAGAUCAUUUUAAGGAUCUAUAAAAAUACACCAGAAACUGUGACCAAAACUUUUCAAAAUGUUAACGGAACGGGUGCUUCUUCAGAUGAUGACAUGAGAGAUGAACAAAUGUUAAACGAUGAAGUUGAUGGCGGUGAGAAUAACAGUACCCAAGAUGGUAGCAGUGUUAGUGUUAGUAGUAUCAGUGGAGCUGGCGGUGCUACCAAGACUUCGGAUCCAAAAGAUUCUAAGGCGGCAAUGUACUCUUUUAAAGUUCUUUCAGAAUGCCCAAUCACAAUGGUGACUCUUUAUUCUUCUUAUAAACAACUAACAACCAGUUCCUUACCAGAAUUUAUGCCGCUUGUAAUGGAUCUUCUAAAUAUGCAAGUGGAGCAACAGAGAAAAGCAAGAGAAGAGGUCGAGUCAAGAGGUGAAAGGUAUACAACGGUGUCACCAGACAUUAGAAAUAGAGAGGCGUAUUGUGAAUUUAUUUUGGCUCAAAUAAAGGCAACUUCAUUUUUGGCCUACGUAUUUAUCAGAGGUUAUACACCGGAUUUUUUACAAAAUUAUGUUGGGUUUAUCCCAGAUUUGAUAAUAAGAUUAUUGCAAGAUUGUCCCUCAGAAUUAUCAUCUGCAAGGAAAGAAUUACUCCAUGCAACAAGGCAUAUACUUUCUACAAAUUAUAAGAGGCUCUUCUUACCAAAACUGGAUUAUCUUUUUGAUGAAAAAGUAUUAAUAGGCACAGGUUUUACGACUCAUGAAACUUUAAGACCCCUGGCUUACAGUACUGUAGCUGAUUUCAUCCAUAAUGUCAGGACAGAGUUACAACUCGAUGAUAUAGAAAAAACUAUUCAGAUGUACACACGCUACCUGCUGGAUCAGUCCUUGGCGUUAACAGUACAGAUAAUGAGUGCUAAACUACUAUUAAACCUGGUGGAACGUAUCUUAAAACUGGGUAAGGAAAAUCCUCAAGAGGCACCAAGAGCCAAAAAGUUACUCAUGAUAAUUAUUGAUGCCUAUGUGAGCAGAUUCAAAGUUUUAAACAGACAGUACGAUACCAUUAUGAAAUAUCAUAAAAAACAUGAACAAACUAAAACUGCUAAAACAAAAUAUUUGCAAGAGGCGAUAUUAGUAGACAAUAAGGAUAGUAAUGAACUCAUGGAUCAUAUUUUGCAACCAGCAGGUCCUGUAGCUUCCAUUAACGGUAAAACAAAGGAAACGGAUACAAAAGUUGAUGAAAGCAAAAUGGAAAUUGAUGGAGAAUCUAACGAAGAUAAUGAUCAAGAGGAACCAGUUGAUGACAAUUGUAGCAUGUAUGAUAUUAAAAAUUAUGCUCCGAUCUUAUUGAUACCAGUCUCUACAAAUGAUCCAAUAAAGGAUGCGUUCUAUCUGUAUCGUACACUCAUGUCUUUCCUUAAGACAAUAAUUCAUGAUUUGAAAGUCUUCAAUCCACCCCCUGCUGAGUAUACCAUCGCAAAUCCUAAACUUUGGGUGUCCGUCUCUAGAGUUUUCUCCUAUGAGGAAGUACUUGUCUUUAAAAAUCUGUUCCACGAGUGUAUCAUUGGCUUAAGAUUUUUGUCUAGCAAUGUGGGUAAACCACCUCAACCAGUGAAGAAACAUUUUGAUAUUACAAUGCCCAGCUUACCAGUUUCUGCUACAAAGGAUGGCAGGGAGCUCAUGGAUUAUCUCGCUUUUAUGUUUAUGCAGAUGGACAGUUCAACUUUCAAUGAAAUCAUUGAGAGUGAGAUGGAAUUCAUGUAUGAAAGUAUGCUGGAGGAUUCUGCCCUUUUGCAUGUGGCCCAAUCAUUUUUAACCAGUGAAAUUACAUCACCAAACUUCGCAGGAAUUCUUUUGAGAUUUUUGAAAUCAAAAUUAAAGGAUUUAGGUAAUGUGGAUUUUAAUAAAUCUAACAUUCUAAUCCGUUUGUUCAAAUUAUCUUUUAUGUCCGUCAAUCUUUUCCCUACCAUCAACGAAAUUGUAUUACUACCGCAUUUGAACGAUCUGAUUUUAGACUCUCUAAAGUACUCUACUACAGCAGAAGAACCUCUGGUGUACUUUUAUUUGAUAAGGACUCUUUUCAGAAGUAUCGGUGGUGGUAGAUUUGAGAACCUUUACAGAUCCAUCAAACCGAUUUUACAAGUUUUACUACAAUCACUAAAUGGUAUGAUUCUUACUGCUUGUCUACCUCAUGAGCGUGAAUUAUACGUGGAGCUUUGCAUAACGGUUCCAGUGCGUUUGAGUGUGCUGGCCCCAUUCCUCCCAUACCUGAUGAAACCUCUUGUUUAUGCAUUACAGGGUUAUCCAGACUUGGUUUCUCAAGGUUUAAGAACUUUAGAAUUGUGCAUUGAUAAUCUUACGGCGGAAUAUUUUGAUCCCAUCAUAGAAACCGUUGUUGAAGAUGUCUCAAAGGCUUUAUUCAAACUACUGAAACCUCAACCUUUCAAUCAUACAAUAAGCCAUACUGCAGUUCGAAUCUUAGGCAAAUUAGGUGGCCGUAAUCGCCGUUUUCUAAGGCCAGCUUCAGAUCUGGAGUCCCAAAAUGAACUUGAUAUAGAAAUCAAUGCAUUUUUCAAGAUGAAUGGUUUAACUGAAGAGGUACCACUUUCUGUUACUCCCGGUGUUAAAUCCGCUUUGGAAAUUUUAGCAGAUUACAGAGCGGAUGCAGGGUAUAAAGUGAGUGCAUUUAAAUAUCUGUCAUCUGUGCUUUUGCUUUUUGUUAAAUCAUCCACGAAUUUCGAUGAGAAUUAUGAUGCUCUUUUGGAAACAGCAGUUCAUACUGUGACACUUGAAAAGAUAGAAAUAAAGCCCGAUUUCACAGCAGAACCAGUCAAGAAUAACCGGACAUUUCAUAGUCAGGAAAAGCUUUUCAUUAAGUUGUUACAGGCCAUGUUCUUUUCUUACACGGUUCCUGAACUGAAAGAAGACUCCUCCAAACUACUUAACUGGUUGAUAGACCACUUUAGUUUACUUCAGGUGAACAAUACUCUGUUGGACAAGAGAAACUACAGCAGUGUUUUCAACAUUGAUUUGAAACAACCAGGAGUAAUGAUUGAUAGUAGGGUUCUUGUGGAGGCUAUAUCGUAUUCACUAUCCAGUUAUAUUACUGAAAUCAGAAAUAUCGCAAUCUCAGGUAUCAAAAGAGUUUAUGAAAGAGGCAAAUUGAUUUAUGGAGAAGAGCUUGUAUUUACCCACUCCCUGGUGUUUGCUUUAUUUAGAAGAUUCAUUCACAAUUGUUAUGAGGAGGCUUUUUACGAUAAGAGGGCUGGUGUCAUUGGUAUAAAAACUUUAAUUGAGAUCGGCAUAUCGGCUAAAUUCUUGAAGAGAUCCCAAUUUGAAUUGAUAGACGGUUUGCUAUUUGUUCUAAAAGAUACACCCUCAGAGACGCCCGCUGAUAUCACUGAGAGUGCUGAAGAACUAUUGCUACAAGUACUUCGAACAACUCUUUCUGAUGUGAAUGAACUAAAUUCUAAAAUUUCUCAAAACACGAUAACUGAUAUUGUUUGCGAGUUGAGCAAUCCGAAGGCCAAGGUUAGACAAGCCUGUCAGAGAUGCUUGGCUGUAAUAUCUGAAGCAACCAAUGUGCCCAUAGUGAACUUGAUGGAGCACUCAAAGCAUUUCCUGUUGUCGCCGAUUUUCGCCAAACCCUUAAGAGCAUUACCCUUUGCCAUGCAAAUUGGAAACGUGGAUGCUGUAACAUACUGUCUGGGAUUACCAAAUACUUUUCUGAACUUUAACGAGGAACUUUACCGCUUACUCCAAGAGGCCAUUGUUUUGGCUGAUGCUGAAGAUGAAUCGCUAUCUAGUUUACAAAGGGCUACGGAAUAUCGAACCUCGGAACAGCUAGUGCAACUAAGGGUUUCUUGCAUCAAAUUAUUGGCCUUUGCUUUAAAGAACGAAGAAUUUGCAGCUGCUCAACAGGGAAAUAUUAGGUUUCGUAUCCUAGCUGUUUUCUUCAAGACGAUGUUGAAGACAUCUCCGGAGAUUAUUGACACCACGUAUCAUGCACUCGAAGGCGUACUGGCGGAAAAUUCUAGACUACCUAAAGAACUUUUGCAAAAUGGGUUGAAACCUAUGUUAAUGAACCUUUCCGAUCACCAAAAAUUAACUGUUCCUGGUUUGGAAGCGCUUUCCAAACUUUUGAAGUUGCUAAUUGCCUAUUUCAAAGUUGAAAUUGGUAGAAAGUUGUUGGACCAUUUGAAUGCAUGGUGCAGAGUGGAAGUUCUUGACACAAUGUUCGGUCAAGAUAUUUGUGAACAGACUCCCACCAAGAUUAUAGUUGGAAUAAUUAAUAUUUUCCACUUACUCCCUCCUCAAGCAGAUAUGUUUCUAAAUGAUCUUCUUCUCAAAGUUAUGCUAUUGGAAAGAAAGUUAAGAAUCCAAUUGGACUCACCUUUCCGUGCACCUCUAGCCAAGUAUUUGAAUAGAUUUCAUGUCUCUUUCAUGGAGUAUUUCAAAAAGAACAUGGCGCUAAGACAACUAAUACUUUUCAUGUGCAGCAUCAUUCAAAAAUCGGAAGCAAGAGAUCUUGCAGAUGAUUUUGAAAAAGAAAUGGACACCUUUUAUGAAUAUUACAUUACGAAUAUCCCAACCAACCAGGUUCGUGUCGUCAGCUUUUUCACUAACAUGCUAGAUUUAUUUAGUACUCUGGUUAAAAUAAGAGGGAAAGAAUGGUUGAAAGGCAAAGGAGAGAUGGUUUUAAAAUUGAAGGACAUGCUCGAUUUAGUAUUGAGAACGAUCAGGAAGAAUGCUUUUUACAUUGAUAAGCUACAAUUGAAUCAAGCUAUUGAAAGAUACCAAGGAAUCUAUUUGGAUUUCAUUAGCUUUUAUCCGGAGGAGCAAAAUUUGUUGCUAGACUUCAUAGAAUUUGCCAUAUCUCACGGCUUCGAACUUUCUCACAGGUUCAAAUUGUUUAUUUUCGAAAAUGUAGUCAGCACGGACAACAGAGAACAACAAGCGGCCUACUUGACGAGUUCUUUGAAUUUUGCCCUAAGUGACAAGAAUUUGGAUGCAGGUGUUUUCGUGUUACAGAAUAUCGUGAACGCUACCUUCAUAUAUGAGGGUUCAAGGAACAAGUCUUUGAAGAGCUUCUCUGUAAACAACGUGAGACCGGAGUGGCUAGAUUUGAUCUAUCAAAAAAUUUGGAAAAGUUCUAAUGAGGUUUUAUUGAGUAAUGUUGCCGGUCGAUAUGAUGUCUAUCGUUUCGAACUCUUACAGCUCUCAUCCGUUUUUAUUAAGUGGGCACCGGAAAUGAUUACAGAUAUCAGAAAAGAUGUUAUCAAAUUUAAUUGGCAUUUCUUGAAAUUGGGAGACACAUUGGUCAAGCAAGCUGCUUACUUAGUCACUUCAUACUUUAUUGCCCAAUUUGAAUUUCCACUCAAGGUUGUCACGCAAGUAUUUGUUGCAAUUUUAAGAUGUUCCCACGCCGAAGCUCGCUAUUUGGUUAAACAGUCUCUUGACGUUCUAGCACCUGUAAUGCAUGAACGUAUGAUAUCUGCUGGAACGCCAAAUGCUUGGAUAAUAUGGGUUAAGAGGGUAUUGUUUGAAAAUGAUUCGGGACAAAAUAAUACGUUAUAUGAAUUCUUGAUUAAUCACCCGGAUCUGUUCUUUGAGUCUCGGGAGUUAUUCAUCUCUAAUAUCAUCCAUCACAUGAGCAAAGUGACGUUUAUUUCUAAUAGCAGCCCAGAUAACCAUACUUUGGCCAUUGAUCUUGCCUCUUUAAUUUUGUAUUGGGAAGAUAGAGCCCAAGAUAUUGAACAAUCCAAAAAGCAAGACCAAGAUGGUGAUGUGAUAAUGGAUGAAACUCCAGAAGUGGAAAACGAUGAGAGUGGAAAGUCUACCUCACCUCCGAAGAAAGAAUCUAAUCAGACGGUUUCGAUGAAUCUUCGUGAGACCUGUGUUGCAUUUUUAAUAAGGUACGUUUGUUCCAGUAAUCACAGAGCAUCAGAAACAGAACUUGGAUUGAGGGCCAUGAAAAUCUUGUCAAGUCUUUUAUCAGAAAAACACUGGUCUAAUGUGAAUGUGAAAUUAUUUUACUUCGAGAAGUUCCUCAUGUACCAAGACUUAGGAUCUGAAAACAUUCUUUAUUACAGUAUGAAUGCCUUGGAUGUCCUAUACGUUUUUUUCAAAAACAAAUCUGCUGAUUGGGUCAUGGAGAAUUUGACUACGAUACAGAAUUUAUUGGAUAAAUGUCUAAAAGUUGAUCACCAUGAUAUCCAAGAAGUAUUACAAAAAGUUCUAACUGUUAUUUUAAAGGCGAUUAAGCAAAAGAAUGUGAUUAACGAUAAUGAAGAGGAAACCCCAGGAAAAAACUUCGUCAAUACUGUUAUUGCAACAAUAGGACAAGAUUUACAGGGAACUUCAUCGAUUGCAGCGGGAGUUAUGCUUCUCUGGACGUUAUUUAUGGUAUUUCCACACAGUGUAGAUCCACUGUUGGGUCCAAUAAUGAAGACUUUCAGCAAAUUGUGCAAAGACCAUUUGAGCACUCCUCAACCUAGGGAUGCCGCUGGGGUAGAGGAAGCAAGAAUCACCACAAGACUACUUGAAAAAGUUUUGUGCCUAUUAUCGAUGAAAGUAUCAUCUCUAGGCGAUUCUCGUCGCCCAUUCCUAUCUACUGUGGCUCUUCUAAUAGACCGUUCUAUGGACCAGAAUUUCUUGAGAAAGAUUGUCAAUAUUGCUAGGGGCUGGGUUUUUAACAAUGAAGUGUUCCCAACGGUGAAAGAAAAAGCUGCCAUUUUAACCAAAAUGCUGGCCUUUGAGGUCAGAGGAGAACCAUCGCUGUCAAAGUUGUUUUAUGAAAUUAUUCUAGACUUGUUUGAUCAAAAACAUUUCAACAAUACCGAAAUUACUGUGAGGAUGGAACAACCAUUUUUGGUAGGAACCCGUGUGAGAGAUGUAAGUAUUAGACGAAGGUUUAUGACUAUUUUGGAUAACAGUUUGGAAAGAGAUAUUAAAGAAAGGCUUUAUUAUGUGAUACGAGAUCAAAAUUGGGAAUUCAUCUCAGACCAUCCUUGGCUCAACCAAGCUUUGCAGCUUUUAUUCGGUGCCAUAGAAAAGGACCGUCCUCUAACAUUGAUAGAUGCCUAUGGAUUGUCCUCACCCAAAAUCUUGGGGGAAUUUUUGCCAGAUAAUGUCACUGUUUCCUCUGAAUCUAAAAACAAAGACCUUUCUUCUUUCGUCAAGGAGCAUGUUGUAUCAUUAGAAAGCUUUUGCAAUAUUACCGCUGCAAAUAUUUUUGACCCGCUAGUCGAGAUCUUCUACCAAAAUCCUACAGCUAUCCACAAAACAUGGGUCAGUGUUUUCCCCCAAGCCUACAAGUGCAUACCAAGAAAUGAAAAAUAUGGAUUUGUUCGCUCUUUAAUUGCACUCCUUUCCAAACCUUAUCACUCAAGACAAACCAAUUCUAAAGCCAACGUCAUAAGCACGUUACUGGAUUCCAUCAGUAGGGUAGAUUCCCUGGAAUUACCUCCUCAUUUAGUGAAAUAUUUGGCAAUAUCAUACAAUUCCUGGUAUCAAUGCAUCAAGAUCUUGGAGUCAAUUCAAAAUAAUACUUCCAUUGACAAUUCUAAAAUUGUAGAAGCCAACGAAGAUGCGUUGCUAGAACUUUACGUUAACUUACAGGAAGAGGAUAUGUUCCAUGGUCUAUGGAGAAGAAAAGCUAAAUACACAGAGACCAACACCGCUCUUUCUUAUGAACAGAUUGGUCUAUGGGAUAAAGCUCAGCAACUAUAUGAGGUGGCACAAGUCAAAGCACGCAGUGGAGCCUUACCUUACUCUGAAUCUGAAUAUGCCCUCUGGGAAGAUAAUUGGAUUUUAUGUGCUGAGAAACUACAACACUGGGACAUACUGACUGAAUUAGCUAAACACGAAGGCUUCACGGAUCUACUUCUAGAAUGUGGUUGGAGAGUGGCCGAUUGGAACAGCGAUAGAGAGGCGUUAGAGCAGUCGGUGAAGAGCGUUAUGGAUGUUCCGACACCAAGGAGACAGGUCUUCGAAACCUUCUUAGCACUGCAAAAUUUUGCAGAUACUAGAAAGGGUGAUCAAGACGUUAGAAGGUUAUGCGAUGAAGGUAUCCAAUUAAGUUUACACAAAUGGGCCUCCCUACCAGAAAGGUAUUCUCCAUCUCACAAAUAUCUACUACAUUCAUUCCAACAAUAUAUUGAAUUUUUGGAGGCAACACAGAUUUAUGCAAACCUUCAUACUACAACUGCUCAGAAUUUGGAUGCUAAGGCUCAGGAGGUGAAAAGAGUUUUACAGGCUUGGAGGGACCGUCUUCCAAACAUUUGGGAUGAUGUCAAUAUGUGGAAUGAUCUAGUAACCUGGAGACAGCAUGCUUUCCAGGUGAUUAACAAUGCUUACUUACCUUUAAUCCCAUCUUUACAACACGCCAACAGUAAUAGCAACGUCAAUACCCAUGCCUACAGAGGAUACCAUGAGAUUGCAUGGGUAAUCAAUAGAUUUGCCCACGUUGCACGGAAGCACAACAUGCCUGAUGUUUGUAUUAGCCAGUUAGCUCGCAUCUACACUUUGCCCAAUAUUGAAAUCCAGGAAGCAUUCCUGAAAUUACGUGAACAAGCAAAGUGUCACUAUCAGAAUAUGAACGAGCUCACCACAGGUUUGGAUGUUAUCAGCAACACAAACCUGGUGUAUUUUGGCACAGUUCAAAAGGCAGAAUUCUUCACUUUGAAAGGUAUGUUCCUGUCCAAGUUGAGAGCCCACGAUGAGGCCAAUCAAGCAUUUGCUACAGCGGUUCAAAUCGAUUUGAAUUUGGCCAAAGCCUGGGCACAAUGGGGUUUCUUCAAUGAUCGUCGUCUAUCUGAGGAGCCAAAUAACAUUAGUUUCGCUAGUAAUGCCAUCAGUUGUUACUUGCAAGCUGCAGGUCUCUACAAAUGUGCCAAGACAAGGAAAUUAUUGUGCAGAAUUCUUUGGUUGAUCAGCAUGGACGAUGCUUCUGGUUCAUUAGCGAACGCAUUUGAGUCCUUCCGUGGUGAAGUUCCAGUUUGGUAUUGGAUAACUUUCAUUCCUCAGUUGCUCACUUCGCUUUCCCAUAAAGAGGCAAAUAUGGUCCGCCAAAUCCUAAUACGUAUUGCCAAAAGUUAUCCUCAAGCACUUCAUUUCCAAUUGCGUACCACUAAGGAGGACUUUGCGGUUAUACAAAGGCAAACAAUGGCUGUAAUGGGAGAUAGAAUUGAUAAUCAAAAUAGCUCCAAUGAUGGACCUCGCCAGCCAUGGGAGCAUUUGCAAGAAUUGAAUAACAUUUUGAAGACUGCAUACCCAUUACUGGCUCUAUCUCUCGAGUCCCUUGUUGCGCAAAUCAAUGAGAGGUUCAAGACCACAACUGAUGAAGACUUGUUUAGAUUGAUCAAUGUACUAUUAAUCGAUGGUACAUUUAACUACAAUAGAUUGCCAUUCCCCAGAGGCAAUCCUAAACUUCCCGCUAACACUGAGAAUAAUUUGAUAAGAUUUUCAGAGACGUUGUUAGCGCCUCAUAUUAGACCCAAGUUCAAUGCUGACUUUAUAGACAGCAAACCAGACUUUGAAACAUACAUAAAGAGACUACGUUACUGGAGAAGACGCUUAGAAAACAAGCUUGAUAGAGCUCCAAAGGUUGAGAAUCUAGAGAAACUGUGCCCUCAUUUGAGUAAUUUCCACCAUCAAAAAUUCGAAGAUAUUGAAAUUCCUGGUCAAUAUUUAUUGAACAAAGACAACAACUUGCACUUCAUCAAAAUUGCUCGUUUCUUGCCCUCUGUGGAUUUCGUUCGUGGGACUCACUCCUCCUAUAGGAGACUGGUAAUAAGGGGCCAUGACGGUAGUAUUCACUAUUUUGCAGUUCAGUACCCAUCUGUUCGUCAUUCAAGAAGAGAGGAAAGAAUGUCUCAGCUGUUCAGACUCUUCAAUUCUUCGUUAUCAAAGAAUGUACAGACAAGACGUCGGGACAUCCAGUUUACCGUACCUAUUGCAGUUCCACUAUCACCACAGGUACGGAUCAUGAACGAUAGCCCUCAGUUUACGACUUUACACCAAAUCUAUGACGAAUACUGUGCACAGAAAGGAAUUAAUCCAGACUCCAUACAGGACUUUGUUACGGAACAGUUGAACAUUGCUCAUGAUAAGGCUUUACCUACACCUGAUUUAACCGUAGUCAAGGUGGAAAUAUUUAGUUCAAUUCAAUCAAUGUUUUUACCCACUACGGUUUUGAUGGAUUACUUCAUAUCUUUGUUCACUGAGUUCGAAGAUUUCUGGCUUUUCCGUAAACAGUUCGCCUCGAACUAUGGUGCAUUUGUGUUUAUGACAUAUAUGAUGAUGAUCAACGGUCGUACCCCACACAAGAUCCAUGUGGACAAGCAGUCCGGAGAUGUAUUCACUUUGGAAAUGUUACCAUCCAGGUACCCAUAUGAGCGUGUAAAACCAUUAAUGAAAAACCUUGAAUUGAAUCUACCACCUGAUACGCCGAUCUUCCAUAAUAACGAGCCUGUCCCAUUCAGAUUGACUCCUAACAUUCAAAAGUUAAUUGGGGAAUCUGCUCUAGAAGGUAUAUUUGCCGUUAACGUUUUUGCCAUUUCCCGUGCCCUAAUAGAACAUGAUAGCGAACUAAACACCUAUUUGACAUUAUUCAUUCGUGAUGAAAUCAUAUCCUGGUUCAGUAAUUUACACAGACCUAUUGUGGAGAACCCUCAAUUAAGAGAAAUGGUGCAGGCCAACGUCGAUUUAAUCAUCCGGAAAGUUGCACAACUAGGUCAUUUCAGCUCUUCACCUGCGGUUACCACUCAAUUCAUCCUAGAUUGUAUUAGUUCUGCUGUUAAUCCAAGAAACUUAGCCAAAACUGAUGCUAAUUACUUACCAUGGUUUUAG